GCAGGAGGAAGCGCAGCCGGGGCAGAGCGGCCCCGCAGCGGCCGGAGCAGCGCGCUCGGGGGUGGGUGACGUGGCCACGUGUGCUGACGAGGUGCAGGGAGAUGGAUCGUGGAGUCACCGUGGAGAACCCCUACGCUAGCGUCAACAUCCCACGGGAACAGUUCAAGCAAAGUUUCAUCACUCGCUACCUGGGAGAUGAGCCCACCGUCAUCGCCAACCCCGCAGCCGUGCCCUCCUAUGGCGUGGAGGAGCAGAGAGACCCUGCUAAUGGCUGGAACAGCCCAACCAUCUCCACGGGCAAGUCCUGGGCCCGUCCCUACAACCCCUACGCCAGCAUGAGGAUGCCCAAUGGGGACUCAUCUUCCUCUUUCUACACCGUGACCCUGGACAAGCCACCCAAGGGCCAGGAGCAGGGGGCUGGCAGGCAGUGUGGCUGCUGCAGGUGCUGCUCCUGCUGCCCAAAGUGCUGCUGUGUCAUCUCCUAAGGGCCCUCUCUGCACACAUGGGAUGUGCUGACCAUGGGAUGGAGCCAGGUGAUCCCACAGGGACAUGGCUGCUGGCCUGAGCACCCUGAGAAGCUGCCCUGGCACCUGGCAGAGCUGGCACUGUCUGGACUGCUUUUUACCUGUGAACUCUGCAGCCAGAUAUGUUGGUGAUGGGCGCCUGCCUGCCAGGUGGGCCACGGAGCCCUGAGGAUGACGAGUGCCAGGGCAGAUGUCACCAAGAAGUGAACACACUGUGAGCCUGCAGUCCUGCACAGAGCUCCUGCCAGUCUCACCGUGCUGGAAAACUCCACCCUGGGAAGGUGCAGGCAGUGUCCCUCUGCUCGUGGGUCGGUUUGGAUGCUGGCAGCCCUGUGUGCUGGCAGAGGAGGACAUCAUCGUCAUUGUCUUGGGGCAGUGGAGAGGAGCCAGGGACAAGCCUCCAGCUGGAACAGCGACCCAGAAAUUAGUUGUCCUUUCUCCCACAGCAUCAUGGGGAUGCCGCUGGCACCUUGCACUGGACUGCAUCUGGGUCCUGCUCCUCUUCACCACCCCACGCAUGGGAUAGAGGGACGGAAACAGGAAAGACAGCCAAAGCAUGGCAGAGCGCUGGGCAGCGCUACAGGGCAGCACCUCAUGGCACAGCAUGGACGUGGACAUUAACACCUCGGUGCCAGGAAACCCCCAGCACCAUUCUGUUCCUCCUGCCAGGCUUGUGGGGCGCUGGGCACAACCUCUUGUCCCAUCUGCAUCCCAGAGAUGGGUCCGGUGCAGAGGGCUGGCCCAGCUCCAGCGGCUGGGCAGCACUGGGACACCUUGCUGGGGACGCAGAGGCCCAGCAUCAGCCCUUUGGAGCUCCCUGGGCUUGGAGCAAGGCGGGAGGAGCCUGCUGGCUCUUCCCAGUGUGCUGAGGCGCCUCCAGGCUGGGCUUUCGGCUGGGGCUGCUGCCAUGGACCUGGAACAAGCCUGCUGUUGUGCUGGUGUCCCGCCGUGGUGUUGACGUCCCAGGGACAGCAGCUCUGCCAGGCGGCAGCUGCUCCGUGGCUGCUGUAGAACUGCCUGCUCUGCGGGGGCCGGGGCUUGGGAGGAGUGCCUGUGUUUGCAGAUGACUUCAGGGUGCUGCAAAUAAAAUUACAGCCCUCUCCUGGCCCUCCAA